AAUUUCCUUUUCCCCUUUCGGUGCAAUAUAAGACAAUUCGAAUUUCAUCUCAUGUCCAAAGAAAAGAAUUUCUGUAAUAUAAUAUCGUUUCACCCACCUGCCGAAAUUUUGACUCUGCUGCUUUAGAAAGGUCACGUUGGUCAAUGCACGAACUGGUCCAUAAAUUUUGAAACAUUCAUGAUUCAUGAAGUAGAAGGCAAGAAAGAGCAACAGCUGACAAACAUCAGGCGCAAAUAUAAAGCAUAUCCAAAGCCCGAGUCCCAACCAACUUCCAGCGAGGCAUGAUGGCUCCGGCAGUAAAGGAUGACGCCGGAGCACGCGUUCCUCUGUUGCCGGACCUCGACUCGCCACCGGAGAAAGGACCAUCGAUUCCCGGAGCUGUGUUCAAUGUCUCCACGAGUAUUAUUGGUGCAGGGAUUAUGUCCAUCCCUGCGACCCUUAAAGUCUUAGGCGUUGUACCAGCUUUUGUGAUGAUAGUGGUGAUCGGGGUGAUAGUAGAUAUAUCGGUCGAGUUCUUGUUAAGGUUUACGUACAACGGCGAGUCUAGGACGUAUGCCGGAUUAAUGUAUGAAUCUUUUGGUCGGGUUGGUUCCGUGGCGGUUCAAAUUUGUGUCAUGCUCACCAAUCUUGGUUGCUUGAUCAUUUAUCUAAUAAUCAUCGGAGAUGUCCUCUCUGGGAAAGGGGCAGAGCACUUGGGUGUUUUACAAGAAUGGUUUGGCGUCCACUGGUGGAAUGCGCGUGCGGUUGCAAUCCUCUUCAUAGUUUUGUUUGUCAUGCUACCGCUAGUCUUGUAUCGCAGAGUAGAAUCUUUAUGGCUUAGUUCAGCCGUAUCCGUAUUUCUAGCAGUUGUAUUCGUUGGAAUAUGCUCAGUGAUGGCAAUAUAUGCACUUGCGCGUGGAGAAACUAGGAGUAUAAGGGUAGUACCAGAGCUUGAUAAUGGAGCGUCCUUCUUCAACCUUUUCACAGCUUUUCCUGUUAUCAUUACAGCCUUUACAUUUCACUUCAAUGUUCAUCCUAUUGGAGUUGAGCUUGGUAAACCUGCUGCUAUGAUCUCGGCCGUCAGAAUCUCAUUAGUACUCUGUGGUGCUCUCUACUUCACCAUUGGCAUUUUCGGGUACCUCCUUUUUGGGGAUUCGGUCAUGGAUGACAUACUGGUGAAUUUUGAUCAGGGUUCUGGUUCAACAAUUAGCUCAUUACUCAAUGACAUAGUUAGACUAAGCUAUGCACUCCAUUUGAUGCUGGUGUUUCCACUUGUCAACUUCUCUUUGAGGGCCAACAUCGAUGAACUUCUGUUCCCUAAGAGGGCUGUUUUGGCAACAGAUAACAAGAGAUUUGUCAUUCUUACUCUAGUCUUGUUAGGCUUCUCCUACGUUGCAGCAAUAGCCAUUCCCAGUAUAUGGUACUUCUUUCAGUUCAUGGGAUCAACUUCUGCUGUCUGCCUUGCCUUCAUCUUCCCAGGCGUAAUUGCUUUAAGAGAUAUCCACGGCAUUUCAACAAGAAGGGACAGAAUAAUAGCAGCAGCAAUGGUCAUUCUAGCUGUUGUGACAAGCACCAUAGCUAUUUCUACGAAUAUAUACAAGUUAGUUGGAAACAAGUCAUAGGUCUUUCUCUUUUUCAGCUUUGUUGUGGUUGAGUUGUAUGUUUUCCUGUAUAAUAGCAAAUGUGGAUUGUAUUGUUUCUAUCAGGUGGACUUUUGUUCAAGAGCUUUCAACCUGAGCGUUGAGAACAUGACUCACUAACACUUCGCUAACUUCUUGAAUCAAUUAUUACUAACACAGCACACUUUUUAA